AAAUAAAAGUGAUCCAAAGAAGAAGAUAGUUUGAAUUUCUACUUCUCGAAACAAACGAAGAUUCUUAAUUCUUUGCUGGGUGUUGUUAAAAGCUUGAAUCCACUCCCACCUUUCCUUCUUUUCUUAUUUAAUUUUUUCCUUUCCUCCAAUGGGCAGCUUUAGACUCAACUAGUUUUGCGCUUUCAUGGGGGUUUUCGCCCAUUGAGAAGGAUUAGAAUCCUUAGGCCUCAGCAUUGAUUGAAACUCUGAAUCCCGUAAUGGGUUCUCAGUUUCAGUUUCUGGGUCUGUACUUCUGGGUGGUUUUCUGUAUUUACAGUUCGAUAACAGUGGAGUCACAGAAUGUAUCAGGAGGUGGAACUAUUGAAGGUACUGUCUUAAUUAAUGGAAGCGCUUCCAUUGGGAGGAUAGACGAUGAUUUUAUUUGUGCCACAAUGGACUGGUGGCCACCAGAGAAAUGUGACUAUGGGACUUGCAGCUGGGGUCAUGCUUCUAUGCUCAAUCUGGAUCUUAACAACACUGUUUUGUUAAAUGCAGUGAAAGCCUUUUCACCUUUGAAGCUUAGAUUAGGAGGCACCUUGCAAGAUAAGGUCAUAUAUGACACAGGAAGCCCUCCACAACCCUGUACCCAGUUCGUUAAAAACAGUUCCGAGCUGUUUGGCUUCACACAGGGGUGCUUACCCAUGUCUAGAUGGGAUGAACUGAACAAUUUCUUCAAAAAGGCUGGCGCACUGGUUAUUUUUGGGUUAAAUGCACUCAAUGGAAGAAAUCUCUCUUCUGAUGGUUCUGCACUGGGGCCUUGGGACUACACCAAUGCUGCCUCUCUUAUACGUUAUACUGUAAACAAGGGUUAUGUCAUUUAUGGUUGGGAGCUUGGGAAUGAAUUGAGUGGAAACGGGGUUGGAGUAAGGGUUGCAGCAGACCAGUAUGCCUCCGAUGUUUUAUCUCUCCAACAUGUAGUUGAAGAUCUUUACAAGAAUUCUGAUGUAAAACCACUAGUUUUAGCACCAGGAGGUUUCUUUGAUGCAGGAUGGUACAAACAACUAGUAACAACAAUACCAAAAUCACUGGAUGUAGUCACUCACCACAUAUAUAAUCUUGGUCCAGGAGUAGAUACACACCUGAUAGACAAGAUCCUUGAUCCAACUUAUCUUGACGGUGAGGCAAAUACAUUUAGCAGCCUCCAAAGCAUUCUCAAAAGUACAGCAACCAAUGCAACUGCAUGGGUUGGAGAAGCAGGAGGUGCUUACAACAGCGGCCACAAUCUUGUCACAAAUGCAUUUGUGUUUAGUUUCUGGUACUUGGAUCAACUUGGCAUGUCAGCGACUUACGAUACUAAAACAUAUUGCAGACAAACAUUGAUUGGUGGGAACUAUGGCCUUCUCAAUACUACCACCUUUGUACCAAAUCCUGAUUACUACAGUGCUCUUCUUUGGCACCGAUUAAUGGGAAGGACAGUCCUCUCAACAAAUUUUACAGGAACAAAGAAGAUACGUGCAUACUCUCACUGUGCGAAACAAUCUCCGGGGAUAACAUUACUGCUGAUCAACCUUGAUGGCAACACCACUGUUCAAGUCCAUGUUACAACCCAGCAUGCUGCACUUUAUAAGACAUCGACUUUGAGACAUAAACACAGACACCAUAAACACAGAUCUCAUAAGACAAGGUUUACUCAGAUGCCUCGAGAUCAUAAAAACAGCAGAAUCACAAGAGAGGAAUACCACCUAACAGCCAAGGAUGGGAACUUGCACAGUCAAACUGUACAUUUAAAUGGGAACAUCUUGACUGUAAAUUCAUCUGGGGAUAUUCCUCCAUUGGAACCUAUAAGCGUAAACAGAUCUGAUCCGAUAACAGUUGCUCCUUUUUCUAUUGUAUUCGCCCACAUCCCUGAUAUUGAUGUUCCUGCUUGUAGGUAGGUCUGAUCAAAUGGAUCUGAAUUUGUUCUUUUUGAUGACCAUGAUCAAAUAAGAAAACAGAAUAUAUGCAAAUUUGUACAAUUGUACUGUUCCAGAAAAAUGAUAAGAGAGAACAAUAUAGUGCAAA